AUGGCGAAGCCCGUGCAACCAGCAGUUCUGCCCGAAAACGGGCGAGGCGAGCAGCCCGAUGAACGGGACAAUGAAAUCGUCAUCGAGCUGGACCGAGAAAAUCAGUACGGUCGUACGCAGCCACGAGCUAACGAGCCUCAAGACGUGAUCGCGACACCGGUGGUGUACUCCGCCCAGACUUUGACCGGCGCCCUGAUAGGAACCUGCUUCUUCUCGCUGGUGGCCGGAUUCGCUUCCGGUUUCUGGUUCUCGCAGAGGCUACGCGGUGCCCCAUACCCGGAGCCGUCCGAGCAACGACAGCAGCUGAACCGGCUGACCGAGAGCUCGGAGUCGCCGGGCUUCAACAACAAGUCGAUCAACCUGGUGCUGAACGUGCCGCCGAAGAACCCGAACGGCAAGAACGCGAACUCGUCGGCGGAGAACAAGCCGGUGCAGAAAGACCCCACGGGUUCCGGCUCUUCUUCCUCAUCCUCCUCCUCCGAUCUCGCGGAAUCAGACGAUCGCAACGACGACGACGACGACGAAGACGAAGACGAGGACGACGGGAACAACGACGACGACGACGAUCGUCCCGACGUCGAGAAUAACGACGACGACGACGACGACGAUCGGCUGGCGCGUGUCACCGUCGCCGGCUGCGUGUUCGAUCAGCUGACCAGACACGACGAGGACGCGUACGAGAGCGUGGUCAGCGAGGAAAGAUCGCUCGAGUUCCUCGCCGCCCACGUGCAGCAGGUGCCUUACGAUUCGCGAUCGAUGUCGAAGGUUACCGAUUACGGCAGAAGAUACGACCAACAGCUGGAGUACAGCGAGACAGCGUUAACAGGGUUGGCGAACGGGCUUCAGGAUUACAGCAGCAGCAGCAGCGCCAACAGCCUCGACGACCUCUGCCGUGGCCAUCGGAGGAUGUUGAACGAUUUCAAUCGUGGCGACGAGUCGAGCACGCGGGAUCAUUACAUGGUGCCCACUCGCGAUCCCCGCGAGCUGAACGAGAGGAUCCUGUCGUUGUUCAAUCCGCAGUUCCUGCCGAACUUCAACGACAUGAUCAUGUACGUGGCGAACCAGUACGACGCCAGACGGAGCCCGCCGCCUAGAUCGCGAUCCAUGGCCGACGGGGAGGAUCAAUUGUUCAGGAGCUCGAGCUGCCGGAAGAAACGCGUUGGCGCCAGCUCGAUGUUCUUCCGGCGUGGGCUGGCGUACGAAGCGGCGCGCAAGUGA